AUGGAUAAAGGAAUCCUACAACAACGUUACUAUCAUGGUCUACUGCCAAGAGAAGAUAUUCGGGAGAUGUUGCAUAAACCAGGAGAGUAUCUGGUGAGAACUUCGGAGCCACUCGCUGGAAAACCAAGACAAUUUAUCCUAUCGGCAGUUGGAAAUGGACAGAAUACACCAAACCACUUUGUCAUCCGCGAAACGAACAAAAAGGUGUUCGUCGAUCAGCUCGGAUUCAAUUCUAUCGUCGAGUUGAUCAAUCACUACGCCUUAUCGAAAGAGCCAAUUUUCACAAAAGAUAAACAAGUGAAAGUUGUCAUCAAGACCCCUGUUGAACGUCAGAAAUGGGAGCUCUCUCAUGAAGACGUCGAGUUGACAAAGAAACUGGGAGAGGGAGCGUUUGGAGAGGUGUGGAAGGGAAAGUUGUUGAAAGUGACUGAUGGAAAUGGGCAGCCGGUGCCGGUGGCUGUGAAGACGGCGAAACUGGAAGCGAUGAAUAAGGAGCAGAUCAAGGAGAUUAUGAGAGAGGCCAGGUUGAUGAGAACUUUGGAUCACAUCAACGUCGUCAAAUUCUACGGAGUCGCCGCCGGCGCCGAGCCUCUCUACGUCAUCAUGGAGUUGGCUGAUGGUGGAGCUCUCGAUUCGGCUCUCGCGAAACAACACUUUCCAAUGAUCCGAAAAUACGAGAUGAUUCUACAGGCGGCUUGCGGACUCGCCUACAUUCAUGACAAGGUUCUGAUGCAUCGUGACGUGGCGGCUCGUAAUUGUUUGCUUGGUGGUGGGCAGGUCAAAAUCGCGGAUUUCGGACUGACUCGUGAAGGAACCGAGUACAAAAUGAAUCUGAAAAAGAAGGUUCCGAUUCGUUGGUUGCCAGUGGAGACGAUUCUCAGCGGACUCUAUGUCCCACAAACCGACGUCUUCGCAUUUGGAAUUAUGGCUUGGGAAAUUACAGAAGACGGAAAGGAACCGUAUCCGGGAAUGAAGGUUCUCGAGGUGGCACUUCAGGUUCCGAAGGGUUAUCGAAUGAAGUUUAGCACCGAGGUGGCUCCAGAGUUUUCGAAUUUCAUUUUGACGAAUUGCUGGAACGAGAAGUGGGAAGAUCGUACUUCCAUGAAGGAUACUGUCAAAUGGAUGAAAGGAUUCGUUAAGGCGCAUGGAGGAGACCCAGGACCGACUGGAGUCAUGGAGAAGAUUGGAAAAAAGUUGAAGAGAAACUCGAGAGAGAAACAGAAUCGUACUUCGACAAUGAGCAGUUCGGGUGCUGUGUCGAGUCCGAAUGUGAGCACGGCAACCGCCAAGAUAUAG